CCUGCUGGAAUGCAGGCAGGCUAAAAGAUCAAGAAACCUAGGUAAAAUGGAGUCGCGUCUUGAGAUAGAGAACCCAGACCAGAAUCUAAUGGGAUCUUCUACAUGUGAGGCUGAGCUUCAAGAAUUAAUGGAACAAAUUGACAUCAUGGUAAGCAACAAAAAAAUGGAUUGGGAAAGAAAGAUGCGGGCUUUGGAGACAAGGUUGGAUCUUCGAGAUCAAGAAUUGGCAAAUGCACAAAACUGUUUGGAUCAAAAAGGUCAAGAGGUGGGCUUGCUUCGUCAGAAAUUGGACAGUCUGGAAAAAUGUAACUAUUUAAUGACUCAGAACUAUGAAGGACAACUUCAAAACCUUAAAUCUCAAUUUUCUAAGCUGACAAAUAGCUUUGAAAAGCUGAGAUUGCAGCAAAUGAAACAAUGUGGGACUCUUAAAAAAGAUGAAAUUCCAUUUGAAUUGAGCAACAUAAACCAAAAAUUAGAGGAAUUUAGAGCAAAAUCAAGAGAAUGGGACAAGCAAGAAAUACUGUAUCAGAACCAUCUGGUUUCUUUAGAUGCCCAACAAAAAUUAUUAUCUGAAAAGUGUGAUCAGUUUCAGAAACAGGCACAAAGUUACCAAUCUCAACUAAAUGGGAAGAAGCAGUGCCUAGAAGAUGCCAGUCUUAACAACCCUGAAAUUGCUCGGUUGACCUGCGAACCAGAGAUUAGUAGUGAUACUGUUGAAAGAGAAGAAUUCAUUAUCGAAAAACUGAAGUCAGCUGUGAGUGAAAUAGCAAUAAGUAGGAACAAGUUACAAGAUGAAAAUCAGAAGCUCCUACAAGAACUGAAAAUGUACCAAAGACAGUGCCAGACCAUGGAAGCAGGACUUUCAGAGGUGAAAAAUGAAUUACAGUCACGUGAUGAUCUCUUGAGAGUUAUAGAAAUGGAACGACUACAGUUACAUAGAGAAUUAUUAAAAAUAAGAGAGUACCAAAACUUUCAAGAUAAUCAAAAAAGGCUUGAGCCAUCCUAUUCACAUAUCCUGAAAGAAGCAGAAAGAAAAAAGAAAGAGUUAUUCUCCUUGACACCUGACCAGGCAAAUCAGGAAAAGGACUUGAACAAGAUAAGAGCCAAUCUUUAUCAGGAAGAACAGUCCCCCAGCUCUGAGCAGGAAAGAAUGAGGAGUGAAAUCUCUGACCUGACAGAAGAGCUUCAUCAGAAGGAGAUCACUAUAGCAACUGUCAUGAAGAAAGCUGCUCUUCUGGAAAGACAGUUAAAAAUGGAGUUAGAGAUAAAAGAGAAAAUGUUAGCAAAACAACAGUUGUCAGAUAUGAGAUAUAAAGCUGUCAGAUCUGAAAAUACACAUCUGAAAGGAAUGAUGGGAGAUUUGGAGACUGGAAGAUACCUGAACGUAGAUUACUGUAACAAGGAGCAUGCAAGAUACACAGCUUCUAUUAACAAACUGGAGUAUGAGAAUGAAAGACUCCGAAGUGAUCUCGCCAAACUUCAGGCUAAUGGAAAAUCAGCAUGGACCAGUCCAAAUGCAUAUGAUGAAACAGCAAGACAAGCCUAUCAAGCCCAAAUAAAGAUGAAAGAAAACGAAGAUAGGCUCAUCCAAGAUUGUGAACCAAACUUAGGUGUGAUAACUACAUCAUCACCUAUGGCAUUUCAGCCCCAAUGUAAUGUGUUUCCUGUCCAAGAUACUACAAGCCCUUUAGGGAGUGAAGAUGGAGUCUAUCCAUUGUCUCCCCCAGAGAUGUCAUUCCCUGCUUCUUUGGCAGCACAGCAUUUCCUUAUGGAAGAAGAGCAACGAGCAAAAGACCUGGAAAAGCUUUUAAAUACACAUAUAGAUGAACUGCAAAGACAUACAGAAUAUACUCUCAAUAAAUACACCAGGCUAAAACAAAAGAGACAUAUAUGA